ACAUAUCUACCCCUCAAAAGAAAGUCAAAUUACUCAACAGCGUCGUUUCUUCUUGUUCAUCGCCAAUCGCCAUUAAUCGCGGUGCCUCUUCUCUCCUCUCGCCGUCUCUUUGGACCGGAGGUUUCCUCCACCCUUUGACAAUUCCGUCAUCGAUUGACCUCGAGCUCCGAGAUCUGAUCUUCAAUUUGAUGCUCUUCCAUUAGUCGGAAAGUUGCUUUUGAUUUCUCUGGUGGAAGCAACUAUGGGGUCGUCUUCUGAGAUCAUCGAUAUCGCAACUAGUGCUCGGAGAAUUGGCGUAGAUAAUCGUAUUUCUCUCAAAUUUUACUUCAGGAUCGCUGAUAAUAUCCUCAAACAGGCCGACAUAUUUCGGGCAGAGAAGAAUGUUAUUGAUUUAUAUGUCAUGCUUCUGCGGUUUUCAAGCUUGGCUCUCGAGACUAUACCAUCGCAUCGAGAUUACAGAACAUCUCUAAAAAGCAACAAAGAGUAUUUGAGAAUGAGACUAUUGGAUGUCUUGACGGAGCUGGAGAAGUUGAAACCAGUUGUACAGAAAAGGAUUGAUGAACUGUAUCCAAAGCUCAAACCUCGAUAUAAUGUACAAGCUCAUCCAUCAAAUGGUUCCCUAGGCUGGUCUUCGGCCGUGAAACCAUCAUUAAAUAGUUAUGAUCCUGCAAAGGUAAGAAAUCCUCCUGGACAUAAUUUUGGCUACAUGGGUUCCAGGGGUCAACAAUUCUUGAACGCUGCACCACUUGAAGAGCGUUUCCGAAAGAUGUCGGUGAACUUCCGACCAAAUGAAGAAACCCUUUCCAAGCAUUCUAUCUUGGGUCCAGGUGGACUAAGUGCACAGUGGCAGCCACCAAAGUAUGAUACAAAGGUUCAAUAUCCAAGCAAUAUAGAUUUUUCGCCUGUUGUAAUCCCAAGCUUCCAACAAUUUGUGGACAGCAAACCAAUGAUAACGAAUGGCAGUAACGAUGAACCUGAAAGGCCAAUUGUGGAGCCAAGUGUUGCAUCUAGUGAAAAUAUCCAGAAAAAUUACACUGAAGAGCUUUCUUCCAUGAUUUCUUUCGAAGAGCCAGAAAGCGUUAAUGAUAAUAAUCUCAUUAGGCAACCUUCACCACCUCCGGUGCUAGCAGAAGUUCAAGACUUGGUUCCUGCUUUAUGUCCUGAAGUUAGAGAACCGGAAUGUAUUAUAGAAAACUCUCUGCCAGAUGAGUCUCUACGGUCGGAGUCUCCUCUUGAACUUCAUAUUGCAACAACAAUGAUGGAUACCUUUAUGAGGCUUGCCAAGUCAAACACUAAAAAGAAUUUAGAAACGUGUGGUAUUCUUGCUGGCUCACUAAAAAACAGAAAAUUUUACAUUACAGCUCUCAUCAUACCAAAGCAGGAGUCGACAUCUGAUUCGUGUCAGGCCACAAACGAAGAGGAGAUAUUUGAAGUACAGGACAAGCAAUCCCUUUUCCCACUUGGAUGGAUUCAUACGCAUCCGACACAGUCUUGUUUCAUGUCAUCCAUUGAUGUUCACACACACUAUUCAUACCAGAUUAUGUUACCAGAAGCCGUGGCAAUCGUUAUGGCGCCACAAGACUCUUCAAGGAAUCACGGAAUAUUCCGGCUGACGACGCCGGGAGGAAUGACAGUGAUAAGGAAUUGUGACCAGCGUGGGUUUCAUGCGCACAGUUCGCCGGAGGACGGAGGACCAAUUUACAAUACGUGUAAGGAAGUUUACAUGAACCCUAAUCUCAAGUUUGAUGUCAUUGAUCUCAGAUAGCAUCACUUGCGCUUUUGAAAGUGAAACAAUGUUCUCAAAGCCAUUUUCUCUACGAUUGUAACAAUUAUGUAUCUGUUUAUAUCCCGAUUUUAAUAUGAUUUAUGUAAGUUUUCAUGUACAAUUAUAUGUUUACAAGUCUUACAUGUACAACUGAACUAAAAUUAAGAUACAAGAGCAAGUGAUUUGUGAUAAAGUUA